UAGAAUAACAUGAUCUGGGACGACAGCUGCUCGUGUAUUAAAGGUUUCCUGACUGUUACUCCUUCUCUAAAAUGAGCUACCUUGGCAAAGUUUGGCUCAAAGCGCCUCAUUAGCUCACUUCGCUGACGUUAGCUAAGCUUCCUUUCCUCCACUUCUAAUGCCACUGAAGGUAAAUCAGAGACAUAAACCUUCCCCCAGCCGCAUACCGAGCUCAUAAAGAGGUGCUCCCCGUCGUCUUCAUCACUGUCUCGGCCUCCCACUUCUUCAGAAUCCAACACAUCUUGGUCCUCGGAGUCCGGGAACGGAGGAGGACUGCGCUCGGAGCUGGUCGCCAUCUUCAAUCUGUGUGUGUGUGUGUGUGUGUGUUUUUUUUUUUUUUUGGAACACAAGGGGAGGUACACGAUCACACCGCACACACACAAACAGGACAGACUCAGUGUACUUAAAAAGCUAGCUAAGCAAAGCAGUGCAGCACACUGUGUGGAGGAGGUGGUAGUUCCGGAUCGAGUACAAACAAGACCUGCUGACCGGAGGAGACGCUCAAACAAGGAGUGUAGACCAACCAGCCGCGCUGUCUCUUUACUUCCUGGUCCUCCUUCUUUUUCAGGUUUAGCUUCAACCGGUAGUUAGCUAGCAGGAAGGCUGUGCAGUCAUGAGACAGAUCCAGAAGUGGAGACAGUGACAGGAUCCUGGACCAGGGGUGCACUUAGAUAAUAAACCCAAACAACCCUCAGACAGUCUGUGAGUCUAUUAGAAGCGUCCGGCGACUUUGGGGAUGGCUCGUCACGGGCGCACGGGAGACUCUGAAGCCCGAGAGCCCCUUCUCACCCGGUACACUAAGGACACAGAGGUGGACUCUGAUGAAGGUGUCAUUAUUUUUGACAAGAGCUCAUCGACUGGUAGUAUGGGCUCACAACAAAUGAGAUUAACAUACGAGGAAGCAGUCGAAGCAGCAGGAUUUGGUGCGUUCCACUACGGGUUGCUGGUGGUGUGUGGUUGGGCCAAUGCCAGCGACGCCGUGGAGAUUCUCUGUGUGUCUUUUCUGCUGCCAACAGCUCGCUGUGAUAUGCAGCUCAGCACUUCAGACAUGGGCCUGCUGACCUCAAGCAUUUUCCUUGGAAUGAUGUUGGGCGGCUACAUGUGGGGAUACCUGGCUGAUAAGAAGGGGCGACGCAAGGUUUUGAUUCUGUCCCUGACAGUCAACGGGAUGUUUGGAGGUCUGUCCAGCAUGGUUCCAUGGUUCUCCAUCUUCUUGGUCAUGCGGUUCAUCAGUGGCAUCGGGGUUGGCGGAUCAAUCCCUGUCAUCUUCUCCUACUUCUCAGAGUUUAUGCCCAGAAAGAGGAGAGGCACGAUGAUCAGUGCCCUCGCCACCUUCUGGAUGGCAGGAAACAUAUUGGCUGCAGGUCUGGCCUGGUUGGUGAUUCCAAGAGACUGGAAAUACAUUCUGGGACCAUGGGCCUUUCAGAGCUGGAGACUCUUUGUGGUGCUGUGCUCGGUCCCCAGCCUCACCUCGGCCCUCUUCUUCGCGCUGCUGCUGCCUGAGAGCCCAAAGUUCCUCAUGGAGGCUGGCCGGGAGAAAGAGGCGCUUCGUGUCUUCAAAAAGAUGUUUACGCUGAACAUGCGGGGGAAGGAAAAGGAUUUCACGGUCCUUGGUUUGUCUGUCAGCCCCAAGACAGAUCUGGAGGAAAGCAAAAUUCUGGGAAAAGGAGGACUGGCCUGGGCUUUAAAGAAGGCCCUGAUGCCCAUCAGACAGAUGUUCCAGGCUCCACUCAAAGGCAGAAGCUUCGUUCUGCUCGUCAUUUUCUACUGCAUCUCCUUCGGUUACUACGGGCUGUGGAUGUGGUUCCCAGAACUCUUCGCAAGACUGGAGCAAGGUGGCUCGCCCUGCACGAACAUGACACAGCAACAUUCUCUGCGUAACCAAAGCUGCUACCCAGUGAAGACGGCAGUGUACAUGGAGGGCUUCAUCAUCGCCGCUUCAAACUUACCGGGAAACAUCUUCACCAUCCUGAUGAUGGACAACAUGGGAGGAAAGAUUCUGCUCUCCAGUAGCCUGCUGGUGUCCAGUCUGAGCGUCUUCCUCAUCUACGUGGUGCGGACAAAGUACCAGAGUCUGAUUUUGUCCUGCGUCUUCAGCGGCGUGUCAGUGGUCGCCUGGAACGCCCUGGAUGUGGUGGGAACAGAGCUCUACCCGACACAUCUACGGUCCUCUGCUCUCGGCUUCUUCACAGGAAUAGGCCGGGUGGCAGCGAUCAUGGGAAACGUAGUCUUUGGAGACCUGGUGGACACGAACUGUGCAAUGCCCAUCCUGCUGGUGUCUGCGUUCCUGCUGACCGGAGGACUUGUGGCUCCGCUGCUUCCACAAACCAGAAACACUGAUCUCACCUGAUCGCUCAGACUCUUAAUCAGAUUAAAUAAGCUGGGUGAAUUAUAAGCAAUCAUGGUCUCAGUGUCCUUGUGGAAGCAGACUGGAGGACUGCUGCCUUCAUAUCUCCUGUUUCUGUUCACAGCUGUGCCUUCUGUCAUCUCUCUUUGUACGGUACCUCAUUUAAAAGGCUAACAACGAGAGGAGUUGUCAAAGGCAGCUUGUUCUCUCCAGCUUUAACUUAUUAUUCAGGAGAGUAAGGAGAAAAGAAAAUGCAGUUGCACUGUUGUUUUUUAUAUUUUGAGUCUGUAAAGAUGAAAAACCUCUGCAGGAUGAGUCACAGCAUGAAAUGUCAAGGACACAUUUCAAGAAAAUGUUGAUCUUAACUCUCCAGAAAUCCUUUUUUUAAGUGCAGUGGAACAUGUGUGUUGAAUAGACACUGAUUAGAUCAGAGGUUAAUGUGCACCUUAGUUUUGAUGCCAAAAAUCAUUUCACAAUGUUCUCUACCUUCUGUUUUUUUUGUAAUUGAUCAUGUGAAGGAGGGCGGCAACUGAGGAUCAUUUUUAUAAUAUUUUUUAGCUUGUGUUCAUUUUCACAAACAAUCAAUUGUUUGGUCUCUGGUGCCAAACUACUUAGAAAUAUGCUCAUCACAACUUUCCAAAGCUUUAAGUGACAUCUUGAAGUUGCUUUUUGUAUCCAAUCAACACUCCAAACUCAAAGCAGUCUUCUCUUGCAAUCAUAAAUGACAAAUCAUAAAUAGUAGGGCAGCAUGCCUUUCUAUGUCAGAAGCUGGAUCCAGCAGUCAUUGACAUUCUCCAAAAAGGAAAGCA